UUGCUUUCCACUCCAUCAUUGAUGGCAUUGAGUCAUUGUUGAAGCAAAGAAAGCUGCUACUCCAUUCCUAUUCUUCCUAACAAAUUCCUGUUCGUCUUUCCAUUUCCCCUCAAUUCUUUCACUUCCUCUGCAGAUCGAGAAACAGACAUGGCCCUGGCGUUAGUUGGAGGAGCUUUUCUCUCCGCUUCUCUCCAAGUUCUUUUCGACAGGUUGGCUUCUUCUGAGGUCCUCAACUUCAUCAGGGGACAGAAGCUCAGUGAUUCACUCCUCAGCAAGUUGAGGAUCAAAUUGCUGAUUGUGGAUGCAGUGCUCAACCAUGCUGAGGUUAAGCAAUUCACGGACCCAGCAGUCAAAGAGUGGCUCCUGCAUGUUAAGGGUACUCUGUAUGAUGCGGAAGACCUACUGGACGAGAUUGCUACUGAAGCUCUGCGAUGCAAGAUGGAAGCUGAUGAUCACUCCCAGACUGGCUCAGCUAAGGUAUGGAACAGCAUCUCUACGUGGGUGAAGGCCCCACUUGCUAAUUAUCGAAGCAGCAUAGAGUCCAGGGUAAAGGAGAUGAUUGGCAAACUGGAAGUUCUUGAAAAAGCAAUAGAUAAACUUGGGCUGAAACCAGGCGAUGGUGAGAAACUGCCACCAAGAUCACCCUCGACUUCUCUGGUCGAUGAAUCUUGUGUGUUCGGCAGGAAUGAAAUCAAAGAGGAGAUGAUGACAAGGUUGUUGUCUGAUAAUGUAAGCACCAACAAGAUAGAUGUGAUCUCCGUAGUCGGCAUGGGCGGCGCAGGCAAGACCACACUGGCUCAGCUUCUGUAUAACGACGCCAAAGUGGAGGAACUCUUUGACUUGAAAGCAUGGGUUUGUGUUUCGGAGGAGUUUCUUCUUGUCAGGGUAACCAAAUUAAUUCUUGAGGGAAUCGGAUGUGCAACCCCUUCUGAUAUGCAAACAGACAACCUAGAUUUGCUUCAGCUUAAACUGAAAGGGAGUCUUGGUGACAAGAAAUUUCUACUCGUUCUCGACGAUGUUUGGGAGAAAGGUUGUAGCGAAUGGCAUCGGCUACGAAUUCCGCUCCUAGCUGCUGGGAAAGGAAGCAAGGUUGUUGUGACUACUCGCAGUACAAAAGUUGCAGAAGUCAUGCAGGCAGUUCAUCCUCAUUAUUCUCUGGGAGAGUUAUCCGCUGAUGGUUGUUGGUCCUUAUUUACAAAACUUGCAUUUGAAAAUGGAGACUCCACGGCAUUUCCUCAGCUAGCAUCAAUAGGCAGAAAGAUUGUGGCCAAGUGCCAAGGAUUACCUUUAGCGGUAAAAGCACUGGGGAGUCUUUUGCAUUCUAAAGUUGACAAAAGGGAAUGGGAAAAAAUUUUGGAAAGUGAAAUAUGGGGCUGGCAAAAUCUUGAAAUUCUUCCAUCGUUGAUACUGAGUUACCAUGAUCUCCCAUUGCAUCUCAAGCGUUGUUUUGCCUAUUGUUCCAUUUUUCCCAAGGAUCAUGAAUUCAAUAGAGAGAAGCUGAUUUUACUAUGGAUGGCAGAAGGAUUUCUACGAGAUUCACAAAGCAAUGAAAGAAUGGAAGAGGUAGGUGACCUUUAUUUUCAUGAACUUCUCUCUAAGUCAUUUUUCCACAGAUCUGCUACCAAUGAAUCAUGCUUUGUCAUGCAUGAUCUCAUACAUGACUUGGCUCAAUAUAUAUCCGGAGAAUUUUGUGUUCGGUUGGAAGAUGAUAAAGUGCAAAAAAUUACUGAGAAGGCUCAUCAUUUGUUUCAUGUCAAAAGUGCUCAAUCGACCGUAUUUAAGAAGUUUGAAAGCCUUACAGAAGUGAAGUGUCUUCCAACAUUCGGAGAGUUGGAUACAAUGCAACUCUGUUUCUAUGCAUUAAGUAAAAGAGUUUUGCAUGAUAUAUUACCGAAAAUGAGAUCCUUACGAGUGUUGUCAUUACGGUAUUACAACAUUGAAGAUUUACCUGAUUCAAUUGGCAAAUUAAUAUAUUUGCGUUAUUUGGAUCUCUCUUAUACACUGAUUAAAAGAUUACCUGAUUCUGUGUGUUAUUUGUACAAUUUACAAACGAUGAUAUUAUUGGGUUGUAAUGAACUCAAAGAAUUGCCAUCAAGAAUCGGGAAAUUGAUUAAUUUGCGUCAUCUUAAUUUCUCUUAUCAUAAAUUGAGUGAAAUGCCAAGUCACGUUGGUCAAUUAAAAAGUUUACAACAAUUGACCAAAUUUAUUGUGGGGCAAAAAAGUGGAUUAAGAAUUUGUGAAUUGGGAGAGCUUUCAGAUAUCAGGGGAACACUUGACAUCUCUAACAUGGAGAAUGUGGCAUGUGCUAAGGAUGCAUUGCAGGCGAAUAUGAAGGAUAAGAAACACCUUGAUAAACUAGCCUUGAAUUGGAGUGACGAAAUUGCUGAUGGUGUUGUACAAAGUGGCGUAAUCGAUCAUGUACUCAACAACUUACAACCUCAUCCAAAUUUAAAACGGUUCAAAAUCACAAACUAUCCUGGCAUAAUAUUUCCAGAUUGGUUAGGAGAUCCUUCAUUCUCCAAUCUUUUGCGGCUAAAGCUUUGGGAUUGUGAAAAUUGCUCAUCAUUGCCACCACUUGGGCUGCUACCCUCUCUUCAACAUUUAUGUAUCUCAGGAAUGCCUGGAAUUGAGAGGGUGGGCAGUGAGUUUUAUAGGGGUGCUUCCUCCUCCAAUACAAUUAAAACCUACUUCCGAUCUCUACAAACUCUAAGAUUUGAGUGUAUGUACAAGUGGGAGAAAUGGUUACGUUGUGGAUGCAGACCUGGAGAAUUCCCUCGUCUCCAGGAGCUUUAUAUAAUCGAUUGUCCUAAACUCACUGGCAAAUUACCAAAACAACUUCGAUGCUUGAAGAAACUUGAAAUUGAUGGAUGCCCACAGCUGCUUGUGGCUUCGCUCAAAGUUCCUGCCAUCAGCGAAUUGAGGAUGCGGAAUUUCGGUAAAUUGCGGUUGAAAAGGCCAGCUUCGGGAUUCACUGCUCUUCAAACUUCACAUAUUCAAAUUUCAGACGUAUCUCCGUUGAAGCAACUACCAUUUGGACCACAUCACAAGCUCACAAUUACAGAAUGUGAUGCUGUAGAGUCUCUAGUGGAGAACAGAAUCCUGCAAACUAAUUUGUGUUAUUUAAAAUUCUUGAGAUGUUGCUUUUCCAGAUCCUUGGAGAAAUGUGAUUUAUCCUCUACAUUGCAAUCACUAAACAUCUCGGGUUGUAACAAAGUAGAGUUUCUCCUACCUGAGCUGCUGAGAUGCCACCUCCCAUUCCUUCAAACUUUACGGAUCUAUAGUUGUACCUGUGAGUCUCUCUCAUUAUCAUUCUCAUUAGCUGUCUUCCCGAGUUUGACUCAUCUCCAAAUCGAAAAUCUUGAAGGGCUUGAAUUCCUCACAAUUUCGAUUUCAGAGGGGGAUCCCGCAUCUCUUAAUUAUUUGGCAAUCGAAGGGUGUCCUAAUCUUGUGUAUAUUGAAUUACCCGCUCUUGACUCAGCCUGUUAUAAGAUCAGUGAAUGCUUGAAGCUCAAGUUGCUGGCGCACACACCGUCAUCCUUGCGCAAAUUAGAGUUAGGAGAUUGCCCAGAGUUAUUGUUCCGUGGUUUGCCCUCCAACCUCUGUGAACUUAAAAUUCGGAAUUGCAAUAAACUCACACCCGAAGUGGACUGGGGUUUGCAAAGAAUGGCCUCUCUUACACAUCUCGAAAUCGUUGGUGGAUGCGAAGACGUGGAGUCAUUUCCCAAGGACUGCCUACUGCCCUCCGGUCUUACCUCUCUUCAAAUUAUAAAGUUUCCAAAACUCAAGUCUUUGGACAGCAAGGGCCUUCAACGGCUUACCUCUCUCACAACAUUAUACAUCGGCGCCUGCCCUGAGCUCCAAUUUUUUGCAGAAGAGUGGUUUCAACAUUUUUCUUCCCUUGUGGAAUUAAACAUCUCAGGCUGCGAUAAGCUCCAGUCCUUGACAGGCUCAGUUUUUCAGCAUCUUACCUCUCUUCAAAGAUUACACAUCCGCAAGUGCCCUGAGUUCCAGUUCCUCUCUGGUCUUCAGCACCUUACCUCUCUUCAAAGAUUACACAUCCGCAUGUGCCCUGGGUUCCAGUUCCUCUCUGGUCUUCAGCACCUUACCUCCCUCAUAGAACUACAAAUCUUGGGCUGCUCAGGGCUCCAAUCCUUGACAGAAUUGGGUCUUCAAAGCCUUGCAUCUCUCAAACUUUUAGAUGUCUCCGACUUCCCCCAGCUCCAAUCCUUGACACAAGCGGGUCUUCAACACCUCACCUCUCUUGAAACAUUAAGUAUCCAAGACUGCCCUAAGCUCCAAUACUUGACAAAAGAGAGACUGCCAGACUCCCUCUGCUGUCUUACUGUCAAAAACUGCCCAUUGCUAGAACAACGGUGCCAAUUUGAGAAAGGCCAAGAAUGGUGUUAUAUAGCUCACAUUCCACAAGUACAGAUCAAUGGUGUACUAAUGUAACCAAGUUGUGCUACAAUAAUGUACAGUCAGUAUUCCCAAAACCAAGUGAACCACUGCCUUGUUCAUCUGAAGAUUCUCUGAAAUUGGAGACCUGGAACAGGGGAAGAUUGAUCCCAGGCAUGGGGAAACCUGGGAGGUAUUCGAGUUAGCUGCUUAUUAAAAGAGUCUUGCUAUCAUGGUGCUGAAGCAUACCCAUUCAUCUUUGCAGAAAUAGAGUUUAAAAGGUUGUCAAGAAUUGUUGUUUCAAAGAGAGGGUUUUCCCUCCAACCUAUGUCAACUUGACGGAAAUGCAAUAAACUCAUGCCCUGGGAGGACUCGCCUUUCUUGAAAAAUUUGCCUGCAGAGCGCUUGCUUUAAGCUCUCUUGAAGAAUUACGAAUCUCCAACUUCCCUAAGCUUCAACUACUUGACAGAUGUGCCCUUUUCUGGAACAUCAAUGACAAUUUACAAACGGGCAGGUCCUAUUCUAAUGAAGGUUAGAGUGGCUUCUGCUUCACUCUCAUUAUGGUACUACUUUUUGCUUCUGAUUGGGGCCACUUCUUUACAUAUAUUCUUCCAAGAUGGAUCAAUAUUACAAUGUAUAGAUGUUCAACAUCUCAAAAGAGACACAGAGGAAACCAAUGAGAUCUGUAAUUGCAAGAAUCUCCCACAAGUUGUAAGAGAGGCCUGGCUUUCUAAUGACAAUGAUUGCAGGCCAAUUUACAAUCAGCUCUCUUUUGGGUAUGUAACUAACAACAAAGUCACGUACACUACCUUCUUCAUCAUAAGUGAGGUUUUUCUAAAACAACUUCUGAUUACUAGCUCUUAAAGAGAUGCCUCUUUCAGGCAUGGGGGGAUGCUUCACAUAUAUGUUUUUUCACCUUUUCCUUAGACAGGAAGAAAUUUGAAAACUCCUUAUGAGAACAUGAUCUUGAUAUGAUGAAGAAAAUCAGAUGGAAAGUGGAGUUGAUGAAGAUUUUGUUGUUUCAGUGCUUGUGAAACACUAUGCUAUAUUACUAGUACUGAGGAUGCUCUGUUUUGAUUUGGAAGUCUGCACUUAUUUGGAGUUCCUGUGACAAUAGGCCUUGGAGACAUUGCUUAUUCUCCGCCAAGCAUGAGAACCACUAACA